AAAGUCAUCUUGCUGUGGUUGUCAUAUACCUCGUGACGUGUGCUGCCGGCGUUUUGCCAGUAGAGUAAACGGGAAUCUGGAAGUUCAUUUGAAAGCUCAUAGUUAAUGAUUAGGUUGUGAGUUAUUGAGGCCCAAGAAAAUCACGCUGGAACCGAGUUCGCUAUAUGCUGUGAGUACUACAUUAGAGAUGAACAUGGACCACACACACCAUGACCACGACCACAGCAAAAUGGCUGGCAGCAUGGCUCCUCCUAUGGUCACAGGCUCCCACGAGGAUCAUCUAGGGGGAGGUGGAGUGGGCCAUAUGAUGAAAAUGACCUUCUACUUUGGCUACACAAACGUGGAGCUGCUGUUUGCCAGCCUUGUCAUCAACACACCUGGAGAGAUGGUGGGAGCCUGCAUUGGUUGUUUCCUGCUAGCUGUGCUCUAUGAGGGGCUGAAGAUCGGCAGGGAGUUCCUGCUGAGGAGGAAUCAGGUCAACGUGCGCUACAACUCCAUGCCUAUCCCAGGGGCAGACGGCACCAUGGUCAUGGAGACCCACAAGACUGUAGGCCAGCGGAUGCUGAGUUUGGCACACUUGCUGCAGACGGUGUUACACAUCAUCCAGGUGGUGGUCAGCUAUUUCCUCAUGUUGGUCUUCAUGACCUACAAUGCUUACCUGUGUAUCGCCGUGGCAGCCGGGGCAGGCGUCGGAUACUUCUUAUUCAGCUGGAAAAAGGCUGUGGUUGUUGACAUCACCGAACACUGUCACUAAUAGCCCCCACACACAUACAUACAUACAUACAUACAUACAUACACACAUAUCACACACAGGUAUUCUCCAUUUAAUCCCCAUCGUCAUCAUCAUGCAUCCAGUUUUAUAUACAUGUAUCACAUUUGGACAGUUCACUUUGUCACACAAAAGCUGCUUGAUGGAAAAUGUGAAUUAUGACUGAGCUUUUACAUUUGUGACAAAUUUAAGUCUGUCCCUUUAGUAGGUCCAGAAUACUACCCUCGCCACCUAGCAUGAUGUUGGUAUUCCAAAUGCUGGCUUGUUAUAGCAGCACCUCUCCUGUCUCUCUCCACAGCUCUGUCAAGGGCCAUACAUCCACUUCCCCCAGUCGUGCCAUUCUUCCAUUCCCAUUCUGUGUUUUUGUUAUUGCGCAACAAUCAGUGCAGGUUCAUCCUUAUAGCACUGGGGCUCUAGGCUCUUCUGCUCACACAGGGCAUUUUACAACCCUUACAACAACCUCUCUCCUUGAAGAUCAUUGUGAAUAGGGCCCAGAGUUUUUCCUGACCCCACCCCACCUGGGUCCUAGUUAAAGCCAAUGUGUUCUUCUGAAGCCUAGUCAUAUCUGCAUUCCAUCUGACAAUUCGGUGGGGGGGGGGGGGCAUACAUAAUCGGUGUCUCACAACUACAGGAGUCAAAGGUCAUACUUGGGAUUGUGUGGAGAUGGUCAGGCAGCUCUGGCUGUAUGACUGAGCCUUACUAAACCCUUUGCCUUAAAGGAGGGAAAAAGGACAGCCUAGGCCAACUGUAGUCUAGACCCAUAGUCUACUGACAAGUGCCAGCGCUAUUUUAAAGAAGUUUGUCCAGUGGACAAGCAGUGAAGUACAGUACACUUUACAUGUCACCUGAUUUAUAUAAAUUAGAGUGUAAUGCAGCAGAAUGUGACAACCUUUAAAACCCUCUUCAUGAUACACACUGCUAUGCAGUGUUCAGUCUUGGAUAGUUUAUGAAUGACAACCUCAUUAUUUUCCAAUGACACUUGGCACUCGAAGGCUGGAUCUGACCCAUAAAUGUAAAUUGACUCUCGCACAUCAAGAAGCCAUUGUAAAAAUGUUAUAAUAUAACUUGGGAGUAACCUUUGGUGCAUUCAUUCAAUAGGGUUAAAUUAGUUAGCAUGUCAACACAACAUGGAUACUAGUGUCCUUAUCGGAGCAAGUGCUCAGAUCCCAAGGACAAGCAGGGAACUAUGGGAAAGUAGGAGGAUGGACCUAGUGCUUUCUCAGACGGACCUAGUAACACAUGAUUACUGCACCUCUUGUGACCUAUCGGUGCUUAGGCCUCACAGUACACACUUUGACAGGGGGGAUAACUAUGAAGUAGAACCUAAAGAGAAAGUUGUAUUUUUAGUUUAUUUUGAUAUUAUACGUUUUUGAAUCUCUGAGAAAUUACUAGUAAAUGUUUGUAUCAGUUGCCUAAGGCUGCGUUUACACAGGCAGCCUGAUUCUGACCUUUUGCUGAUUUAUUUGGCAAUAGAGCUGAUUUGAUUGGUCAAAAGACCAAUUAGUGGAAAUGUCAGCGUUGUCUGUCUGUGUAGACAGGCAGCCCAAUUCUGAUUAAUUUUUUGUGCUAAUUGGUCUUUUGACCAAUCAGAUCAGCUCUGAAAAAGAUCUGAUGUGAUUGGUCAAAAGACCAAUUAGUGGAAAAAAAUAUCAGCAUUGGGCUCCUUGUCUAAACACAGCCUUAGUGAUGUGCCGUGCCUGGUUUGGGGGUCAAAUUCCUAGUUGCUUUAACUGGAUUUAACAGCCACACAUUCUCAUUACAUUACAAUCAAGCCAGGGACAUUAAUAGUUAAGUGUACACUUGAACAUAUUAUAACCGUUUCUGCUUUACCAAGUGGGAUCAUGUAUAAAGACUAUUUGUUAUUAUAGUCUACUGUACAAAUCUAGCGUUGAAGUUAAUGGGCCAAAACAGCAGUGGGAAUCUGACCGCCACUCCAGCGCAUAAUCAGUGUGAAUAUUACCUGGACUGUCCACAGACAUGUCUGUAUAGUUUGACAUAUUUACAGUGCUGUAAUCAUCUAGAGAAAACAAGUAAUAAAUGGUAUCAUUCAA